AUGAGUCUACUUAUUGCUUCCCUUUCCAACGAAGCACUUCCUCUUGCCAUUGAUCGUCACACCAGCAAAGAAAUUUGGGAUGCUGUUCAUGCAGCCUUCAGCUGUUUCUCAACUACUCGUCUACUUUCUCUUAUUGUUGCCCUUCAAAAUUUUAUGCACAAUCUGGAUGAAAGCGUUACUCAAUUUCUUCAUCAUGCCAAGGCUCUCUCCGAUGAGCUCACUGGUGCAGGGAAACCACUUCCCAUUGAAGUCUUCAAUAUUCAUAUCUUCUGCUCACUUCGCUUAGAGAACCAGUCGUUAGUGCCUCUGCCAAUCUCUCUCAGCAUGGCCGCGGCCGCCCUCCUACUAAUGCUGGUCAUGGCAAUGCCCAUGGUAAUACCAACACUUUUGGUCGUGGUUGUGGUUUUGGUCGCUCCAAUGCAUUUGCUCACAGCCCUUGUACCAUUUGUGGACGCACUAAUCAUCAAGUUGCCACUUACUUCUACAGACAGAGUCUCACCAGCUCGAAAUUGGUUUUAUCUUCCUCAACCAGAGCCAACAUCAUCCAAUCCAUUCAUCACCAUAACAUUUGGUGCUUUCAUUUUCUCUUCCAUGGUGGACGGAACUCGUUUAUCCAAAAUCGAUGAAGCAGUCAAAAACCUUCAGCUCCUCAGCACUUCUCAAUUACAGGAGAAUACAGAUUUUCGAAAGAAAUCCGAUGCUACCUUCGCGAACAUCUCCACCACUCUGCAACAAUUUCAGAUCCAGCUGACCAACAUCGAAGCUAAGCUCAAUCAGCCCCAGCGUACCUCUAGUUCCUCUAGCUCUGGUGCUCCUUCCAAUUUUGAUGUUGUUUCUCAAUCACCUUCUGGAGUCGUUAAUGGCCCUCGAUAUAUGCGAUUAAAGAUGCCUCGUUUCGAUGGAACAGAUCCAUCUGGCUGGAUCUUCAAAGCUCAACAGUUUUUUGACUAUCAUUCAACUCCAGCGGAUCAGAGACUCAUCAUCGCAUCAUUCCAUAUGGAUGGAGCAGCUCUAUCGUGGUAUCAAUGGAUGUCUGCUAACGGCUUAUUACAAGAUUGGCCACCGUUCUUGGCAUCCCUCGCUACUCGAUUUGGCCCUUCUCUGUUCGAGGAUCAUCGGGGAGCUUUGUCUAAGCUAACCCAGAUGGGCACGGUGGCUGAAUAUCAAUCCCGAUUUGAGGCACUAUCCAACAAGGUGAGCGGGAUUCCAGAACCAUUCCUCAUUAGCUUCUUUAUCUCAGGGUUGAAGCCUGAUCUCAAUCGGGAGUUGCUUGUCGCUCAACCCACCUCCUUGGUUCAUGCCAUCUCCUUGGCCCGGUUGUAUGAAGAGAAAUUUUUGGCUAGUAGGCAGUCUUUUAAGCCUUCUUGGCCCAAAUUGGGACCCCCUAGCGCAGAUCCUAUUUUGAAGACACCUCCUCCACCUGCUUCAGCCGGCCCUGUAUUCAAACCCAGGCUCAGUCCUCACGAGAUGAAGGCUAGGAGGGACAAAGGCCUCUGCUACAACUGUGAUGAGAAAUUUGUAGCAGGGCAUAGGUGUAAGGGUAAGCUGUUCAUGCUUUCUUUGGAUGAUAGUCAACUAAUUGAAGUUAUUGAUAAUAAUUUGGAUGUUGCGCACGGGGCGACUUCUACCGAUGACAUCGAGGCGGUACCAGAGAUCAGUUUUCAUGCCUUAGCAAGUCAGUUCAAUCCAAAGACAUUGAGACUUAAUGGAUUUUUUAAUGAACAUCAGUUGCAUAUUUUAAUUGAUAGUGGGAGUACCCACAAUUUCAUUCAAGAAUCCGUUGCUAUUGCUACAAAUUGCCCCAUCUGUCCUACCAAGGCCUUCAAGGUCUACAUUGGUAAUGGCGAUUUUCUCAUGUGUAAUCAGCAAUGUAAAGGGGUUUCCCUAAGGGUUCAAGGGUCGGUGUUCUUGGUAGACUUGUUUGUCUUACCUAUCAAAGGAGCUAGUAUAGUAUUAGGAAUCCAAUGGCUUGAAACCCUUGGCCCUGUGCUAACUGAUUACAAGAAACUAUCAAUGGAAUUUACUUUGGGAGGAAGUCCCAUUCGGUUGGUAGGAGAACCUGUCCUCAAUGAUGCAGUAUUACAUGUCAGUCAAUUGAAGAAACUGAUCAGUCGAUCAGAGGGAGCUUCCUUCUUUCACCUAAAAGUGGAGAUUGACAAUGAUCUUAUGGAACCUUCGUGGCACCUCCUCCCUCACCGUGUUCAGUCUGUUUUACAGAGGUUCUCCAAAGUUUUUGCUGAGCCUCAUACAUUACCUCCUCACCGAAACACUGAUCAUAACAUCCACCUAGUUCCAGGAGCUCAACCUGUGAAUGUGCAUCCAUACAGGUAUCCCCAUUUCCAAAAGAAUGAAAUGGAGAGAUUUCCUAUUCCCACCAUUGAUGAGCUCUUAGAUGAACUAAAUGGUGCUACUGUAUUUUCUAAACUUGAUUUAAGAGCAGGAUACCAUCAGAUUAGAGUGAAGACUCAAGAUAUUGAGAAGACUGGCUUUCGAACUCAUGAUGGCCAUUAUGAGUUUCUAGUCAUGCCUUUUGGUUUGACUAAUGCCCCUGCUACAUUUCAAGCAACUAUGAAUAGCCUAUUCAAGCCUUUCUUGAGGAAAUUUGUCACAGUGUUCUUCGAUGACAUCUUCGUCUAUAGCAAAACACUAGAGGAUCAUUUGCUACACCUAUCAGAGGUUUUGCAGUGCCUAACUGACAAUCAGUUUUUGGCUAAGGGAAGCAAAUGUCAGUUCUGUCAGUCCUCCUUGGGUUAUCUGGGGCAUCUCAUUUCCAGCAAUGGGGUAGAACCUGAUCCUACCAAGAUUUCUGCUAUCAUGGAAUGGCCUUUGCCUAUGAACAUCAAACAAUUACGUGGUUUUUUAGGCCUUACAGGUUAUUACAGGAGAUUUGUGAGGCACUAUGCUCACAUUGCUAGCCCUCUCACUGACAUGUUGAAGAAAGACUGUUUCUCAUGGACUGAUAAUGCCAAGUUGAGUUUCGAAGCCUUGAAGCAUGCAAUGACCCCAGUCCUUGCCUUCCCAAAUUUUCUCAAGGUCUUUGAAGUUGAGACGGAUGCCUCAGGAGUUGGAAUCGGUGCAGUGUUGAUACAAGAGGGACACCCUAUUGCCUUUUUCAGUAAAAAGCUAUGUGAUCACAUGAGACAAGCUUCAGCCUAUGUGAGAGAAUUGUAUGCCCUACCUCAGGCCGUACAGAAAUGGAGGCAUUAUUUAUUGGGUAGGCACUUCCUAAUCAAGACAGAUCACCGAAGUUUAAAACACUUAUUGACUCAGGUUAUUCCAACUCCUGAGCAACACUUGUUUUUGAGUAAGUUACUUGGGUACAGCUACACCAUCAUAUACAAACCAGGGAAGGAGAAUGUAGUUGCUGAUUCACUGUCCCGAUCCACAUCAAAAGAGGAGGAUCAAAUUCAGCAAGCUGAGUAG